AUGGACAUUUUGUCCUAUACCUUUGGAGGAAACAAUUGGAUUUCAGAACCACUACAGGAGCUACCAAUACCAUUUUAUGAUGGUUUCUCAAACUAUAUGCAUGGUUGCCAUCCACCAAUGCCACAUGUAUGGUUACCACUAUUUGUCCCUUGUCGUGAUGCCAAUUCAUCUACAUGGACUACUCAGGUUGAAAGUUUGUCUACGUCCACUAUUCUUGAUACCGUUGAAUCCAAAGAUGACGAUGAGUCUGGGACACAGAUGAUGAACUUAAAAGAGUUUUUUUAUCAGUUCAAUAAUGCAUUGAGGAAGAAGAUUGAGAAUGAAAAUGGGGUGAACUUCCAGUCAUUCAACUUUAGAAUCCCAGUAGUAACUGUCUCUCCAUUCGAGAAGAUAUUUCAGGAGUUGUACACAAACUCUAAAUUUAGAGAAGUUCAACAAGAAGUAAUGGGGAUUGUUGGUUGUCUUCCAAUUCUACAACAAAAUAAUGGUGUAAUUGCAACGUACUAUGUAGAAGAUAAAAUACAUGUUGAUGAUUUCAUCAAAGAGGUUACCCAUUUUGUGUACUUUAAUGAGGCUGAGUGUGAGGUGAAAUGUCCAUGCAGAUUGUUUGAGAUGAGAGGUAUAUUGUGUAGACAUGUAUUUGGCACUCUAAAGAUUAAUCGAGUUCGUAUGCUGUCCGAGAAGUAUAUAUUGGACCGAUGGAGAAAGGACAUAAAAAGAAAGUACACCCUAAUAAGUAGUAGUUAUGACAUAGCUGAUGCGAAGCCAGACAUGAGUAGAUAUUCAUGUAUAAUGAAGAUAUGUGGUGACAUCGCAAGUAAUGCAGCUUCACAUGAUGAACAUCAUGAGGAUAUGAUUGACAAGUUGCAUGCAAUGAACAAGGUAAAUGCAGACCACAUAUCUGAGGAGAGCUUCCAUAAUGGAGAAAGCGUGCAAACCCAAGAUGAGAAAGGCUACGCAAAAGGAAAAACGUAG